AUGAAAUUUGUACAUCCAAAACAACCAGAUGGUACAAGUUUAUACCUAAGUUAUAAAAGCUUAACUUUAAAUAAUGAUGGACAAUUAACAGCUGAAAAUCCAACUGUUCUAGUCAAUGAAGAAUGGUCUGUUGAUUCCAAUGGUAAUGUUAUUCUAAGUAAACUACAACCUGUCAAUCAAGAAAUUACAAAAACCGUACAUAUAAAUAUGAAUAACAAUGAAUUUACAUCAAAUUCAUCAGCUUGCUGUCAAGUAUUGUAA